AUGGGGAUUUCACUUCCCGCAUACAAUUAUCCCCCGGCACGUCCUGGAGACGGUGUCUGGGGACCAGUGACAUCAACUAUAAAUUGGUGUGAAGAAGAUUAUUAUGCAACAAUCUACUCCGCAGAAAUAGUCAACACCCUCACGAACAUACUUUUCAUUAUACUGGGUGUAAAGGGGUUGAGGAAUUGUAUCAAGUACAAACAUGAUAAUGUGUUUGCUGUAGCAUUUUCGGGCUACAUGCUCGUGGGAAUAGGCAGUUUUGCCUUCCACACUACGCUCAAAUACUCGAUGCAAUUAGUUGAUGAGCUUUCCAUGAUAUACACAACCUGUAUCAUGUGUUAUGCAACUUUUUCAUACGAAAAAUCUCGACUCUACCGGCAACUUCUAGGAUUUUGUUUAUCUUUUUUGGCUAUAUCUAUUACCCUAUGCUAUCACUACCUUCAAAACCCAACUUUUCACCAGAAUGCCUUUGCAGUUUUAAUCACUAUAGUCCUUCUUCGCAGUAUGUAUAUCAUGGAGUUUGAAGUUAGACCUUCCAUGCAAAAAAUACACAGCGCGGAUAUGAAAAAUAAAGUGGUCAAAGGAACGAUACCCAGUGGAGUUUGGAGGAAAACUAGUGAUUUGAGUAUUGUUAACGAAAUGUGGUUGAUGGUGAGUCUUGGUCUUUCUAUAUUUCUGGCAGGAUUUGGAAUUUGGGCUCUAGACAAUGUCUAUUGCUCAACGCUUCUUCGCUGGAGACAUGAAAUUGGUUUACCAUGGGGUCUACUUUUGGAGGGGCAUGGAUGGUGGCACUUAAUGACCGGUGUGGGGAGUUAUUUUUAUCUAACUUGGGGAGUCUGGCUACGGUAUUGUUUGAUGAGGCAACAUAAUAAGUUUGUUCUCUAUUGGCCAAGCGUUUUCUUUUCUCUUCCCGAGGUACUUCCGCUCUUGGUAGCAGAGAAGAAGGCUACUCACAAGAAACAUCUGGAAACGAUGAAAGACCGUUCUCAGAAGUUUGUCAACAAAAACUCAGACGAUAACAAGAAGUCCAGUUAG